AUGUUUGCGAAAGGAGUUAAUAGCAAGCUUUUACGGAGAUGGUAUCAAUUGCCAGCGAAGGAGCUCAUCAGGGAUAAAUUUGAGUUUGAGACUAGUAAUCUUAGGGUGCGUGAGCUGGUCACUGGCGCGGAUAUUGUGCUUAAUGGAUGGAUUGACUCGAAACCGAAGAGGAUAUCGAAAAGUUUGAUUUUUGGUCAGCUGAGAGACUCAAAUGGCGAUCGAGUGCAACUUGUGGAUACCAACUCUCUAUUAAGGAAAUGUAAAGUUGAGGAUGUUGUACAAGUAAGAGGUAAAGUUCAAUUAAAACGUGAAACUGGAAGCUCAAAUCUAGAUAAUAAGAAGUUUGAAGUGGUGGUAGAUCAUGUCAAGACUUUGAACGCUGCUAACAAGAAACCUUCAGAGCUCAAAGAGUUAAGGGACACUUCUCCCGAACUGGUGCCACCUGAAUUUAGGUAUAUACAACUGAGAACUGCUAGAUAUCAAAAUUAUUUAAGGACCAGAUAUGAAGUUUCCAAGACGCUAAGGCAAAUUCUUGAUCAGGACGGUUUCACUGAAAUCGAAACACCAACACUUUUCAAAGCUACACCAGAAGGUGCUCGAGAAUUUAUGGUACCAACGAGAGUAAGUGCAAAAAUCAAACAAGUUGAUAAAAUUGUACCAAUGUUUUAUGCAUUAACACAGAGCCCACAACAAUACAAACAACUACUUAUGGCUAGUGGAGUACCGAAAUAUUUCCAAUUUGCCCGUUGCUAUAGAGAUGAAGAUUUAAGGGCCGAUAGACAACCAGAGUUUACACAAUUAGAUAUGGAAAUGUCAUUUGCCUCCCAAAAGGAUGUUAUGUCUGUAAUUGAGAAAUGCAUCACAUCUGUUUGGAAGAAAUUUAGAACUAAAGAAUCCACAGGGCUUUUAACUCUCGAUAGGAACCACUCGCUAACUCCAACGGAUGCUAGUAAUUUAUACAGAAUGACUUACAAAGAGGCAAUGACGAACUAUGGUAUUGACAAACCAGACCUUAGGGCUCCCUCUCUAAGAAUUCUAAAUAUGAAAGAAUUAGGAGCUUAUAGUAAUAUUAACCCUGCGUUCCCAAUAUUUGAGAUAAUGAUUAUAAAGAAAGCAUUCACCGAUAAGAAUGACUACAAGAAGAAAUGGUCCUUUUUAUCGAAUGAUGAUAACUACAAUUAUAGAAAGCCUAUAGUCGUCCCAAUUAGUACAGAUUUAGAAACAAAAAAUUGGUAUGAAAAAUUUAUGAGAAUUGCAAGCUUUGAAAACACUCAUAUGUUGAAUAAAGCGAUUAGAUUAGAAGUGGGUGAUAUUGUUGUUGGCUCAAACAGAGAGAUUGAUACCCGAAUUUUUGAAAACCCAACACCUCUAGGGAGAGCAAGGCAGCUAAUACUGCAAAAUAAUGAAACUAAAGAUAUUGUUAGGGAAACUAAUAAAGAUGUAGCUGUCUGGGUAGUAGACUUCCCUCUGCUUUCACCAAAAGAAACUGAAAUAAAAAAUACCAAACAUAAAGAGAUGUAUCCAAUUUAUGAAGAUAGAACUGUUAUCUCUACUCAUCAUCCAUUCACGAUGGUACAAUUACAAGAUUACGACAAGCUUACCACCAAUCCGAUAGAUUGUCUAGGUCAGCAUUAUGAUCUAGUUAUGAAUGGAAUCGAAUUGGGUGGUGGAUCUACAAGAAUUCAUGAUCCUGAGUUACAGAAAUUUAUGUUCGAAAAUGUCUUGAAAAUUAGCAACUAUCAAAUUUUAUUUGGUCAUUUAUUGUCAGCGUUCGAAACGGGAACACCACCACAUGCAGGUUUUGCAAUUGGUUAUGAUAGGAUGUGUGCCAUGUUGUGCGGAACGGACAGUAUUAGAGAUGUGAUUCCUUUCCCGAAAAGUAUCACAGGCUCAGAUUUAGUAGUUCAGAGCCCAAGCACAAUAGCAGAAGAUAUCUUAAGAGAUUAUAAGAUUGAAUAUUUGUCAAGGAAUUCAGAAUAA